AUUUCUUUUAAAAUAAAAGGCAAAACCCACAAAACCCAACCCCUUCUUCCCUAGUCCCUCUACUUCCCUAGUUCCCUUGCUGGUUCACUGCUCAGAAGCUGUGCUGCGGCCGCCUGUCGCUGCCAAUCGCCACCCACCUCAGCUGAGCCCAGCCACGCCCGCCUAAACCCGUGCAAGCUCAGCCCUCUGUGCUGCCAGAAAUCCGCCAGCCCAGCCACCAUCGUCAGUCGCUAACCCCAUACCGAAAUUCAACUCUACUUUUUCAAUGCUUUAAGUACCAAUUUUUUCAAUUGUAAAUUAGGUUUUGAUUGUUGAAAUUCAACGGCCUCUCCUUACGUUUAUCUGCAAUGAACAAAACACCCCAUGUUCAAAACAGCAUACCAGUGCUGCCAUGGUUGAGGCAUCCAGUUGAUAUUAUUGACUUUAAGGAGACCCCCGUAGAUCUCCUUCCCGAUCUUGAUCCUAGGCUAGUGAAGGCUUUGAAGGAUGUCUCUAUCUCUUCACUAUUCCCUGUACAAGUUGCAGUUUGGCAAGAGACAAUUGGUCCGGGUGCUUUUGAACGUGAUUUAUGUGUAAAUUCACCUACUGGAAGUGGGAAAACAUUGGCUUAUGCUCUGCCGCUAGUGCAAAUGCUAGCUAGUCACACCGUGAAAUGUUUGCGUGCCUUGGUGGUGUUGCCCACUCGUGAUUUAGCUGUGCAGGUCAAAAAAGUUUUUGAUGAUAUUGCACCUGCUGCUGGCUUGUCUGUUGGUCUGGCUGUUGGACAGUCUUCAAUUUCGGAUGAAAUUUCAACACUAAUCACAACGCCUAAACUUGAGGCUGGCUUCUGUUAUGACCCUGAAGAUUACACUGCAAACAGCUCAAAAAGUGCUGUGGACAUACUGGUAGCAACUCCUGGAAGGCUUAUGGAUCAUAUUAAUACUACAAAAGGCUUCACACUAGAGCAUCUACGGUAUCUUGUAGUUGAUGAGACUGAUCGGUUAUUGGGAGAGGCCUACCAGGCUUGGUUACCCACUGUUCUCCAUUCAGCUCGUUCAAAUGGUGAGGUGUUUGUACAUAGCGUUGAAGCCUUAUCUCCAUCAAUUUGUGGUUCCUUCAAGACCAUUCGGAGAUUUGGAGUUGAAAGGGGCUUUAAGGAUAAAGCUUAUCCCAGGCUAGUCAAAAUGCUCUUUUCUGCUACGUUGACUCGAAACCCUAGCAAACUUGGUCUACUUGAUCUUCAUCAUCCAUUGUUUUUGACAACUGGCCAAUCACGCUAUGCUUUUCCAGAAAAGCUAGAGUUUUUCAAAGUGCUUUGUGAAUCACAUGAUAAAGCCCUGUACUUAGUUGCCCUUCUUCAAAAGUUGAGAGGCGAGAAAUGCAUUGUCUUUACAUCAUCUAAAAAGAUGACCCAUAGGCUAUGCAGCUUGCUGAAAUCUUUUGGUGUUCUUCAAAUGAAGGUUAAGGGAUACUCAAGCUGUCAACACCAGGCUGUCAGAAGCAAGAUACUCGAUGCAUUCCGGAGAGGAGAAGUAGAAGUGGUUGUUUCUUCAGAUAACCUUUCUCGAGGAACAGAUGUUGAAGCAGUAGCAAAUGUCAUUAUUUAUGAUGUACCUCGCUACAUCAAAGCAUAUCUUCAUCGUGCUGGAAGGACAGCUAGAGCAUUUCAAAUCGGGCGAUGCUUUACAUUGCUGCUUAAAGAUGAAGUGAAGAAAUUCAAGGCACUUCAACGAAAAGCAGAAAUCAGUGCUGCACUCUUCCCUCUUCCAACCGAGUCAAUUCAGUCUCUGCAGUCCGACUACUUGUCUGCGUUGGAUAAGUUGAAAGAGAGUGUAGAAUUUGAAGCCUCUAGAAAACGCAAGUUCAACUUCAAGCAUUCAAGACCAGCCAAAGGCAAAGCAAAGGCAGUGAAAGUGUCUAAGGACUAAAUUAAGAUUACAAAUGUUUUGUAUUGGUUUUCUUCCUAGUGUCAUUUUCUCUAAAUUUUACAAUAUUAAUUUUUUCUUAAUUUCCACACAACAUUUUUUAUGGGUACAUCAGAGAGUAAAAUUUUCAAUAUUGUGUUUUUCGGGGCAAGAGAAAUGCCUCAUAGGUCAACCAAAGACUUAGUUUCUUUUUUUUUUUUUUUUUUGAGACAAAGCUAACUCAACUAUUACUUUGUUUUUUAGAAUUUGCUACAAGUUUUCAUAAGAAUUAAUGUAAUAAUUCUUUAAUGUAGUUUUUGAGACAAGUAUUUUAUUUCAAAUUAUGGAUUUCAAUUAUAAAA